AAUUAGAGGGCAGGGCAGAGGAGAUGAGAUGAGAUGGUGUGGCGCGCACGCUACGUAAAUUUGGUGGCGCACACAGCCAAAGACAGAGUAAGAAAUCAGGAAUUUCCCUCCUGCCACUCCUGAGAGCUCAAGAGAGGACAAAAGUCAAGUAGCUCUCCUCGGAGGGCCACGGCCAAAGCUGGAGCGACCUUCUACUUUUGGACUUGAUUUGACUUUCCCACCUCGGUUCGUCAUAAGGGAAGUGUGACUUGUUCUUCCGUCAAAGUUUUGCACGCCCGCCCGCCCUCAUUUAGUUCAUGGAAGUAACGGUGCAGCAGCAGCCUACGAGGAGGGAAAGUGACUUCUUUGAUUUGGCCAAGUUUGGAAUCCUUGCGGAUGGCGUUGUAGCACUUUGGAACAAGUCAUUUGGAGAAAGAUUUGGAUUAAGUGCGCCAAAGCAAACUUUGUGUGUGGAAUAAAAAGAAGAGGCGUCCAGAAGGAUGCUGCUGCUUGUACGAUGGAAGUGAAGAACUUUUUGGCUUUUGUGGCGGUGCUUUGUCUCGUUUUUAGCUUCGCUGAGGGUCAAAAGCUGCGUCCCAAAGGCAGAAAUGUGUGCAAAGUUGCUGGGUCUCCGGGGUUGGUGUGCUGCAGCGGCUGGGCUCAGCUAGGAGAUGAAUGUCUCAAACCUCUCUGCCAAGGCAACUUCACCUGUAAGGAAAACGAGGUGUGUGUCAGGCCUAACGAAUGCCGCUGUCGUCACGGGUACUUUGGAGCGAGCUGUGACACAAAGUGUCCGGCCCAGUUCUGGGGUCCAGACUGCAAGGGCAAAUGUAACUGUCACCCCAACGGUCAGUGUGACGACUUGACCGGCAAGUGCACGUGCAACCACAACCGCUGGGGGCCCAACUGCGAGAACUCCUGCAUGUGCCAAAAGGGCAAAUGCGACCAGGACACGGGCUUCUGCACGUGUCACCCGGGGGUCUGGGGCCCUCAGUGCAACAACAACUGCUACUGCAGCGUCAACUCAAUGUGCGACCCCAUGACGGGACGCUGCCUGUGCAAUCCCGGCUGGACGGGGCGCAACUGCGCCAUCCAGUGUAACUGCAACAACUCGCCGUGCGACCAGUUCACCCAGCGCUGCCAGUGCCGAGAGAGGAUGUGGGGCCCCAGAUGCGAGCGCUACUGCCAGUGCGUCCACGGCAAAUGCAACCUGGCGGACGGCUCGUGUACCUGCACGCCGGGCUACCGUGGCAAGUUUUGCAGAGAGCCCUGCCCGGCUGGCUUCUAUGGACAAAACUGCAGGAACAAGUGCGGCCACUGCAAAGGCCAGCAGCCGUGUAAGGUGACGGAGGGACGCUGCGUCACCUGCGAGAGAGGCUGGAACGGAACACGCUGCGACCAGAUCUGCUCCAAAGGCUACUUUGGCGAAAACUGCCAGGAAGUGUGUCCCGUCUGUAAGGACGGCCAUCACUGCGAUCACAUUCAGGGCAGGUGCUCGCACUGUAACCCCGGCUGGAUUGGGGACAGGUGCCAAGUGCCAUGCCCCAACGGCACGUACGGCGACAAUUGUGACAACAACUGCAGUCACUGUUUCAAUGGAAACUGUCACGGCGUCACCGGAGAGUGCCUAUGUGACAGAGGAUUUUACGGAACCUACUGCAAUAUGACGUGUCGACCCGGACAAUAUGGAGUGAACUGCAACCAAAGCUGCUCUUGCCACGACAAGAACUGCGACCCCGUUUCUGGUGCCUGCUAUCUUCAGCCUAACCAACGGAUGGGCGUGAUCGCGGCCGGGACACUCGUCUCCUUUUUGCUGAUCGUCCUGUUGUCCCUGCUGUGCUGCUGCUGCCUUUGUCGACACAAAGAUGACCACAACAAAAAAGCCAAGCGGAUCCUGUGCGGGCGAUUUAGCCGAAUCAGCACUAAACUUCCCCGUAUUCCACUGAGGAGACAGAAACUGCCAAAAGUAGUUGUAGCCCACCACGACCCCGAGCACAAUUUCAACUGCAGCUUCAUCGAGCCCCCCUCUGUAGCCGAGCAGCCCUCCCCUUCCUCCUGGUCCUCCCAGGAGUCCUUCUCCUCCUUUGAGAGCGGUGACGAGGGCCCGGUUUACUGCGUGCCCCAUGAAGAAUCGGUGAAUGAAAGCAAGGAGAAGCACAGUCCGGAAACCGAGAAGCCUGAAGCCGCCCCCGCUGAUGAGGAUGCGGGAGAGUACACCUCCCUGAAGGAUACCGGUGUCACCAAACCAGAGGGCGGCGAUCCACCCACCGUAAAGUCCUCAGACAGCGAAGGUUCCACCAGCGGUUCCGAGUACGCGGCUGCGACCCUUUACGCCCGUAUCGCCCGUCUCUCCAAACAGUCCAAAGAGGAUGACAACAGCGGCAAAGAUGGGGACUUAGCAAACCCAGAGUACAAGCGCAACGGAAAACCGCCACCGUCACCCGGUCGGCCCAAACCCCGACCGCCAGACCCUUCGACCAAGCCAAAGGUGUCGUGGAUCCACGGAAGCACUCCCCAGCCGGACCAGCAAGGACAGGGGGGCAUGAAAGCACUUUCCGUUCCGAAAGAGAAAAAGCGUAGCUCCAGUGACGUCUCCGCCAAGAGCGAGAAGAGCAACGAUCAGCAAAGGAAGAAGGAGGGUGACACCAACAGCUCACCCAGUAAACACAAACCUCUGCGAGGCAAGAAGUCUGGGGAUGGCCACAGCAGUCCCAGUCACAUGGAGCACAUCAACGGCGUGGUUCAGAACGCCCUCAGGAAGAUCAGUCAUUUCCACAGCUCUUCGUCCGAGAAGAAGAGUGCCGAUACGUCCAAAGAGACCCCUAAGGAACCCCCUAAGAGCCCCAAGGUCAUCCAUCCCCACAUGAACUCUGAGGCCGCCACACUCCUGGCUGCUCAGCUCAAGGAGAAAACCCAAAGCAUCAACAGGAACGAGGGGACGGGGCUGACCAAGACCAACGGACUAUCCACGCCCAAGGGAACCCGGGAGAGGCCCACACCUCCGCAGAAAGCCAAGAGGACCCCUUCCACCGGCUUGAACCAGCAAGGUGCCACUAAGCCACUGAUUCCCACCUCCAGCAGCCUCCAGAAGAUGGUGGCGCCCAUCACCACUGACCACGGGAGCCCUGAAGCCAAGAGCCCGGAAAAGCAGGACUUGAACGGCUCGAGGCCGGGGGACCCGUCGACGGAUGCUACGCCCAAGAAGACUCCCAUUAAAAAGCCUCCGAGGAAGAAAGGCAAGGAGGCUACUUUGGACACGGCAGAGAGCAAAACACCGCAGCAAAAGACAGCCAUCAUGCCACCCCAGAUUGUCAAGUAAGUGUAAGUUUUCUUUCACAAAUUGGCAGCAAAGAGACCAAAAAUGGAUUUGCCGGAAACUGACACCAGAACCUGCCAUUAAUGCUACAUUCAAGAAAACCGGGACCUCAGUCUGACCGAUUUCAAAUCAAAGUCAAAUACAAAUCUGUCAGCUACUAGUGUCGCGGGGGUGCAUAGCUUCGAACUCGAGUUGUAAUCGGUUGUACUUUUUCUGUUCAUAAAUGUGCAACUUACUUGUUUUCUGGAAUGCAGCGUUCGUCAAACCAGUAGCAUUCUGUUUUUCGAGUCCUUUUCACAGGUACUAAUCGUACCGGUUCCUUCAAACUCAUUCUCAUAUUUCUGUGGACCAGCAUGCGCGAUUUGAAAAAGCAAAAUGGUUUAUUGCCAACCAAAGGAUAUUUUGCACCUGGGCUCAGCAAAGCUCAGCAAUUCACAAAAGCGGAAUUGACAGUCAUGCUUGCCGUCCAGACGCUCGUAACCUAGAAACAGAAAGCUGCCUUGGUGCUUUCUUGUGACCUAUCGUGUUUCACUCGUUCCUAAACUGUGAAAACAAGUCGAAAAAUAGAUUCGGAGCAGACCCUCUCCAUUCGGAGUGUCAAUUCACCAGAAUGUUGCGCUCGGCUGAGAAAUCAACAUAUUAAGCUGAAAUCCGAAGCCGCCGUUGAGCUGCGUGAACUUUUCAUCAUGCUUAUAAAACAUUUUGAAGCAUCCAUUUUCCAAACCACAGCCAUCUGGAGUUUGCGCAAGCUGCAUUUAAUAAAACAGAACCUCAAGUCUAAUGUUUUGCCUACCAACGCUUGCGUCAAGGGACGGACGGACGACUGUUCUCUCAAAAACAGAUCAAUGAAUGUGAUAAGAACCUUUGCUGUUGUCUGUUUGUGUCGUCAGGUUAUAAUAAAGACGUAAAAAAAAAGGAUUGCCAUGUAAUGCUGAAGAACCAAGCUGCUUUUUUGGGGAUGAAACUUAAUGGUAGCGUGUUGAAGUGUGCCUCGACUGUGGAUCAGUUUAAGCAACAGAAGCUAGCAAAAAAAAAAAAAGCUCCUUAGCCGGCGAUAGCUUGUUAGCUAGUGUCCGUUGUUUGUGUUGCUUUUAAGCAAAAUGGUGGACUCACAGGUACUUCGACUGGAAUGAUUUUUGUUUUUCAAGAGGAAACGGUUCUUUGUUCAGGGUGUUGUUGGAUAGCUACGAUGAAAGUUUGUCUUUUUAAGGUACAAGUUCCCAAGUUACUUUUGCAGCGUCGCGUAUACAUUGUGUACUUUUUACUCGUUAUCUUUGUAAGCUGUGCUUAUAUGACCUUCUGUGUUUUUUUGUUUUUUUUUCUCCUUGUCUUAAUGAACUGGCUUUCAUGUUGAAUCUUACGGAGGACUAUGAGGACCACGCUGAAAAGAAAAAUUGGGAAAUUAAACUUAAAUGAACUUAAAUGUCAGCCGCUGUCUUUAGGGACGUAGAGUCGUCGGAUAUAUUCUUCAAACGAUCCUUGUUGAUGAAAUGAGGUCAAUCCGCUUAGUUCUUUCUCAGGAACAUGCAAACGUUUGCACAAUUACAUUUAUUCACAUUUUGUUGUUUGGCGAACAGUUUCAAAAUUAAAAAAAAAAAAAAAAAAGACAUUCUGUUUAUCGGAUGCUAAUGUUA